UUUUUUGAAACACGCGUUAUCACAUUGCGGUGAGCAGUUCGAUUUAGCAAUUUUUUAAAUUUCAGUUUCAUUCGAAGAAUAUUUCUUUAUUUCAUUAUGAAGUCUCCAAAGGUAUCGCUUUAAUCAAACCGAAGCUUCGCUCAUCAUGGCUUGAUUUCGUUCGGUAAUCAAACUCAUCGUUCCAAGUACUUAAGCAGAAAAUGCCACCGAAGACCAGAACAGUCCAGCUAUGAAAUAACACACUACAUUCACUACAACCAGCACUAAUGGGCGAAGGUUUAGAAAUGCAACAACUCGUCACCGAUACCGAAUUCGAAGAAGAACGAUCGAGUUCGACGAAAUCCGAAACCCUGCCACGAAAAUGGUCCUAUCUAGGAAUCCUUCUGGCCACCAUUUCAUCGAUAUUUUUCUCACUCUGUUCUGUGAUUGUCAAAUGGAUGGAAAACGUAGACCCUACGCAAUUAGCAGUAUGUAGAUUUGUCGGCGUACUAAUGCCCUCUAUUCCAAUCGUGAUAUGGAAAAAUCAGGAAAUCUUCCCCAAAGGCAAACGACUUAUACUCGUAUUACGUUCGUUCGUCGGAGCUACCGGUUUAAUGCUGAGUUUCUACGCUUUUCGUCAUAUGCCUUUAGCUGACGCUUCGGUUAUCGUAUUCAGUGUACCGGUAUUCGUCUGCAUUUUCGCUUAUAUAUUCUUAAAGGAGCCUUGCGGUGUAUUCAACAUCAUUACCAUAGUACUUUCGUUAAUCGGAGUAAUACUAAUCAAACGACCGACUUUUAUCUUCGGUAAAGACUACUCCGAGCUUUCGUUACAGCAAGCUAAACGUUACGGUUCGUGGGGAGCUGUGGCAGCUUUCGGAGCAACGUUAUUCGGAGCUAAUGCUAUUGUACUGAUCAGGACGUUGAGAUCAUUACAUUUUUCAGUACUGAUGGCUAACUUUGGAGGUUUCGCUUUACUGCAGACGUUCGCUGUUUGUUGGUAUUUGGGAGUGUUGUGUUGGCCGAAAUGUGGAUUGGAACGAUUACUCGUCAUCGCUAUAGCUCUGUUUAGUUUUGCUGGUCAAGUAUUGCUCACGAUGGCUUUACAAGUGGAAAACGCUGGCCCGGUGGCUAUUGCUCGUACAUCGGAUAUCGUUUUUGCUUUCAUUUGGCAAAUAUUGUUUUUCAAGGAAGUUCCUAACGUUUACAGCCUUCUGGGUGCUUUUCUAGUCACUAGCUCUGUGGUUGUAACUGGUUUACGCAAAUGGGUAGUAUCUUUACCCGAUAACAGUCCACUUAAAAUAAAAUUUAAUAUUUUGGCUAAAUAAAUAAUUAAUAGCGUAGGUUUUUGUAUUUUUAUAUUUCGUUACGAUGCUUGAAACGAUUCAAUUGUGAGGUGAAGCUCGCAUUCUAAAUAAUUACUUUCGUUUCGAAUAAUUUUUCUCCAAAUUUUUAAUUCAUUUGCACUUGAUAAGUAUUUUACAGUUAGCUAAUUCACCACAUAAUCAAUUUUCUCUCAUUCCUGUUUCAAAUUUCAUUAUUCUCUAUGCUUCCUCAUGCACCAAUUCUUAUUUUCGUCGUAUAAAUUCUGCUUAAUUAUGUAAUAAUAACAUAGAUAGAUAUCGAACUCAAUUUGUGUAAUAAGUUACCACAGUGGUUCCAAAUAAUAAAAAAUAAUUAACAGAUA